AUGGCGACAGGCACGUCCGCGCUUCCUCGCGGAGCACCACCAGCUGGACUACCGUCCAAGGUUGUUCAGAUCCCCCCAAAUCAGACCCUCUACGUGCGCAACAUCCGCUCGGACAAGGGCUACCAGAAGCAGGACAUGAGGACGGCAUUAUAUAUGCUGUUCUCUACAUAUGGCCCUGUACUGGAUGUCGUGGCGCUCAAAACGAUGAAGAUGCGCGGUCAAGCCCACAUUGUGUUUCGAGACAUACACGCAUCGACGCAAGCGAUGCGGUCUCUAGACGGCUUUGAUUUUUUCGGCUCCAAGCUAAAAAUCGAGUAUGCCAAGACCAAGUCAAACACGAUCGCAAAGCUUGACGGCACCUUCAAGCUGGUGAACCCAACGGCCUCGACCAACGUCGAAGUCACGGAGCUGCAGCACAGCAUCUUCAACGCCCCCGUACCCGGAGCGACAUCCACAUCUUCAGGGGCCGCAGGGCUUCCCUCGAAGCCGGCCUCGACCGCCGACACCGUUAUGAAGGAUGCCGACGUGCCCGAUAGCGGCAGGGGCCAGAAGCGGGGUAGGGACGAGGAGGAGGAGGAGGAGGACAGCGAUGUUGCCAUGGAGGAAGAUAGUGACGAUGACUGA